GAAAACGCCGAUCGGGUGAUCCACGAAGAAGAAAAUACGUGACGCUCGUGGUCUUCAUCAACCAAUCAAAAAUACUCGACCUAAACAUUUGCCGAAAUUUGAAAACACCCUUUAGCUCGGUGUCUGCGGUUGGUAAAACCACUGACUGUAUUAACGCUUUAUACAAUGGAGCUGAUAAACGAAGAGGAUAUCAAAAUGUAUUUUUAUGAGAACAGACUGAAAACAUUCGAGGGGUGGCCGUUUGACGAAGACUGCUCGUGUACCCCGGAGAACAUGGCCAAAGCUGGCUUCAUUCACACCCCUUCAGGGAACAGCCCAGACAUCGCGAUGUGUUUCUUCUGCCUCAAAGAGCUGGAAGGGUGGGAGCCAGAGGACGACCCACAGAAGGAGCACGCAUCUCAUUCACCGGCCUGCCAGUUCAUCGCCCUGAAGAAGGAAGUAGAAGAGCUGACUGUGGAGGAAUUCUUCAAACUACAGAAGGAGAGGCGCAAGUCAAUCAUUAACAAAUCCUGUAACGAGGUCAUCACCAAGUUUGAAGAGGCAGCCAAAUUGAGAAGAGCAGAUCUCAUCAAGACAGCCAUGGGGGAAGAGUGACACGAUAAUAGAGCAGAUGAAUGAGAUGGGUGCUGUGUGAGAGAUUAAUUGCUGGCUGAAGUUAUUUCCAUGUUUCCUUUUAUGUCUUCGUGUUUAACGUUUUUCUGUUGUCAUGCUAUCUGUUUUUAUCA